GCUUUGAUUCGGCGGACCACUUUUUCCUGCACACAGCAACACGACUUCCGGUCUCGUUUUUCUUUCCCACAAUUCUGUGUCGUUUAGUUAUCCGAGGAACAAGUCGGCGGUGUUCUAGUUUGUUUUCGAGUGCGUGUAGUGAACGCUGGGUGCAUCAUGUCCGCCCAGGCUCAAAUGAGAGCAUUGCUGGACCAGCUGAUGGGCACGGCCAGGGAUGGUUCAAUGUAUGUUUGCCUGCCUACAUCUGCACUGGAGUUGCAGAAAAGCCUCACUCAUCGAGCCGGGAUGAGACUCGGCAGAGAGUGAAGUUUACAGAUGACCGUGUCUGCAAAAGUCAUCUGUUGGAUUGCUGCCCUCAUGAUAUUCUUGCAGGAACGCGUAUGGAUUUGGGUGAAUGUACAAAGAUUCAUGACCUGGCGCUGAGAGCUGACUAUGAAAUAGCGAGCAAAGAAAGAGAACUGUUCUUUGAGCUUGAUGCAAUGGAUCAUUUGGAGUCCUUUAUUGCAGAGUGUGACAGGAGAACUGAACUUGCCAAGAAACGUCUUGCUGAAACCCAAGAGGAAAUAAGUGCAGAAGUUGCAGCAAAGGCUGAAAAGGUGCAUGAACUGAAUGAAGAAAUAGGAAAGCUGCUGGCAAAAGCUGAACAACUGGGAGCUGAAGGGAAUGUGGAAGAGUCGCAAAAAAUCCUCAUGGAGAUGGAGAAAGUCAAAUCCAGAAAAAGAGAAGCUGAGGAGGAAUAUCGGAAUUCAAUGCCUGCAUCUAGCUUUCAGCAGCAAAAACUCCGUGUGUGUGAAGUAUGCUCUGCUUAUCUUGGUCUACAUGACAACGACCGCCGUCUUGCAGAUCACUUUGGGGGCAAAUUGCAUUUAGGAUUUAUUCUGAUUCGUGAAAAACUGGAAAUGCUGAGGAAAGCUGUGGCAGCAAAGCAAGAAAAAAGAAACCAAGAUCGCUUAAAGAGAAGAGAGGAGCGAGACCGUGAAGAGAGAGUAAGCAGAAGGUCUAAAAGCAGAGACCAUCGGAGAUCCAGGUCUAAAGAGAGGAGACGGCGAAGGUCUCAAUCUUCAUCACGUGACAAGAGAAGGUCUCGUUCAAGGUCAAGGGACCGGCACAGACGUCAUCGAAGCCGUUCAGGCAGUCGUAGUAGAAGUCACCGCAGUUCAAGAGACAGGGGGUCAAAACACAAGUAACUACUGGAGCACCUCAUUACAAGAAGUAAUUGCAUUCGCCUGAACCUUUUUAGACGGCACAGAUUGCACCCAAGGACCACUUUUGAGAGACUUCUUUGCAGUUGGGAGAGCUUGAAAGUACUUCAGAUAGCAUAUUUUGUGUUGCAUUGUAAAUAAUCAUUGUUCAACAGAUAAAUAUACGGUUUUUACUUGCCGAAAACUCAUCUUUUAUAAUCCUAAAUUUUUUAUUGUUUGAGAUAGGUGUGUUUGCUGAACUGUACUCUGCUUCCUGUAGUGAGAAUAUAAAUAAAGUAUUUGCUUAGUGUAA